AUGACGGUCCCCGAUAAGUACAAGUCACCGCCCCAGGCGCCUCCCGUCUUCACCGGCACCAAGGAGUCCAUCGUCGGCGACGCCAAGAAGAUAUGCGACCAGACCAGAGCUCUGCUCGACAAGAUCGUCGCCGAGGUUCCCGCCGACAAGGCCGCCUUCGACAACGUCCUGCAGCCCAUUGCCAGGGACGAGAACGAGAGCGGAUUGUCGACGCGUAUCCUGGGCUUCUACCAAUAUGUCUCGAGCGACGCCGCCCUCCGCGAAGCUUCGUCCCAGGCCGACACCAUCAUGGACGAGUUCGGCAUCGAGGUCAACAUGAGGGAGGAUGUCUACAAGCUGAUCGAGGCCCUCCACAACAAGAAGGACUCCGAGGGCCUCGAUCCCGAGAGCCUGCGUUUGCUCGAGAAGGACUACAAGAACUACAUCAAGAUGGGUCUCGGUCUGCCUGCCGGCCCCCAGCGCGAUCGCUUCAAGGAGAUCAAGAAGCGCCUCAGCCAGAUCCAGAUCGAGUUCCAGAAGAACCUCAACGAGGAGAACGGCGGCAUCUGGUUCACCCCUGAGGAGCUGGACGGUGUCCCCGAGGAUGUCAUUGACGGCCUGGAGAAGGGCACCGGCGAGAACGAGGGCAAGCUCAAGCUCUCCUUCAAGUACCCCGACCUGUUCCCGACCCUCAAGUUCGCCAAGAACGCCGAGACGAGGCGCAAGGUCUUCAUCCAGAACGAGAACAAGUGCAACCAGAAUGUCCCCCUGUUCAAGGAGGCCAUCGUCCUUCGCGACGAGGCUGCCCGCAUGCUCGGCUACCCCGACCACGCCUCCCUCCGCAUCGAGGACAAGAUGGCCAAGACCACAAAGACCGUCAACGACUUCUUGGCCGACCUCCGCUCCCGCCUGACCGCCGGUGGCGCCAAGGAGGUCCAACACCUCCUCGAGCUCAAGAAGGCCGAUACCGAGGCCCGCGGCGUCGCCAACGACGGCAACUACUACCUCUGGGACCACAAGUUCUACGACCGCUUGAUGAUUGAGAAGGAGUACAGCAUCGACGAGAACAAGAUUGCCGAGUACUUCCCCAUCACCUCCACCAUUGCCGGCAUGCUCAAGAUCUUUGAGGAGCUGCUCGGCUUCGUCUUUGUCGAGCUGAAGCCCGAGGACCGCAAGGCCCUGAGCCCUACGGGCAAGGGCGAGGACAUCGCCUGGCACGAGGAUGUCAUCAUCUUCAGCGUCUGGGACGAUGCAUCCGAGGGUGAGGGCUUCGUCGGCUACCUGUACCUCGACUUGCACCCUCGCCAGGGCAAGUACGGCCACGCCGCCAACUUCAACCUGCAGCCUGGCUACCUGCAAGCGAACGGCUCGCGGAGGUACCCUGCCACGGCUCUGGUUUGCAACUUCAGCAAGCCUACGCCCAAGAAGCCCUCACUCCUCAAGCACGACGAGGUCGUCACGCUCUUCCACGAGCUGGGUCACGGUAUCCACGACCUGGCCGGCCGCUGCACCUACAGCCGCUUCCACGGCACCAGCACCGUCCGGGACUUUGUCGAGGCGCCCUCGCAAAUGCUGGAGAACUGGUGCUGGACCCCUAGCGUCAUCAAGGCCCUCUCCCAGCACUACCAGACGGGCGAGAAGAUCCCCGACGACCUCAUCGAGAAGCAGAUAUCGACCAAGCACGUCAACGCCGCACUCUUCAAUCUGCGCCAGCUCCACUUUGGCACCUUUGACAUGACUGUCCACACUCCCAAAAGCCAUGAGGAGAUCAAGAACAUGGACCUGUCGUCCGUCUACAACGAGCUUCGCGGCCAGAUUGCCGGCAUCAAGGGCCCCGAAGCUCAGGGCGAGAAGAGCACAUGGGGCAACGGACAAGCCUGCUUCGGCCACCUGAUCGGAGGCUACGAUGCCGGCUACUACGGCUACCUCUCGUCCGAGGUCUACUCGACCGACAUGUUCUACUCCGUCUUCAAGGCCGACCCCAUGAACGGCAAGGAGGGUCGCCGCUACAGGCACACCGUCCUGGAGAAGGGCGGCAGCCAGGAGGAGAUGCUGACCCUGGAGCAGUUCCUCGGCCGCAAGCCCAGCACCGAAUCCUUCUACAAGGAGCUGGGCAUCCCGCAGUAA